AUGCUUCGAGCCUGCCUCGUCCGCACACGACCUGUCACUCCUUUACGACGACUAUAUUCCGACUCAAAGGCGCCUAAUCACAAUGCAGAGCUCGUCGAAUAUCUCAGUAAGAUCCUGGAAGAGGAGAAAGCCGACCCCGUGGCCAACCAGUACAGGAUACGCUCACUUGCACAUGCUAUACUCUCCGUGCAGACUGCACCACAUCCCAUCACGUCCGGAAAGGAGGCUAUCAAGCUUCCCCGCGUCGGCAAAGGCACAGCCGACAGGAUCGAGAUGUUCUUGCAGGGCAAGAAAUACGGAAGCGAACACGAAGCCGCUCAGCGCGAGAGGUUCAAGCUGUCGAAGGCCCUACAGACUAUACCCGGCCUGGGCUCGAGAACAGCAGACAGCCUCAUAGCAGAUGGCGUAACCUCACUCUCUGAACUUCGCCAUCCUGAACACUUCCGGCGUCUCUCCCCUGCUCAGCGCAUUGGCCUCGUAUACGCCAAACCGCUUUCGGAUCCCAUAUCUCGCCUGGAUGCCGAGAUGGUGGCCGACUUCAUCCGCGACCACAUCUCGUCCAACUUCAAAGUCGAGCUUAUGGGCGCUUACCGCCGUGAACUGGCAAACGCAUCCGCCAUCACAAUCCUGCUCUCGCACCCCUCCGUCGUACAUGUUCCAGUACCCUCACGGGUUAAACCCCCGCCAGUUGGCUCAGGCAAGAUAUCUCCACCUUUUACGGACAUCGCCUCGCGGUACUCUUUGUCACCACUCUCCUCCAACGGUACAAAACACGAGAGCACUCUGGCACUCGCACAAGAUGUGGUCCGACCUCUGGAGGACGUCGGCCUAAUCGCCGCUACGCUUGUAUCCCAAACGCGCCGCUGGUUGGGAGUUGCAGCACUUCCGACGCGUGAGCUCGAUGGACGAUGGGGCAACAUGGGCGAACGUCUGCGCGAUAUUCGUCGUCGACGUGGACGCUUCGUCUCGCUGAACCUCUCACUCGCGCCACUCAAAAGUUUGGGCGCCGCUCGACUCUUCCUGACGGGUGACGACGAUUUUGUGCGUGCCGCCCGCUUGGCAGCAAUGCGCCAAGGACUAUUGCUCAACGAAUACGGGCUGUGGCGCUGGAUUCCCGGGCCCCGCGCUCCACCCAGUCAGAUCUUCCCAGAUAGGCCUGCUGUUGGGCGAGGAAAGGAACAAUGGAGUACAUCGACUCGCGAUGACGGGUUGGAGGGACACUGGGAGCUAUUGGAAGCGGAGACCGAAGAGGAGAUACUCGAGCAGUUGGGCAUGGGCUUGGUUCCUCCCGCGAAGCGCAACUUUAUGUUCUUGCGGCCGCGCUCGGAUAUUCGAGCGAAGCAUGAGCAUAACGAGAUGCUUGUUCCUCCCGAUGAGGUGCUCGACGCGAUGCACGAGGAUCUUAUCGCAUCAGGCGGAGUUUAUACGCCCAGAGGGAAGAAGGUCGGGCGGCCCAGGACGAGAACGCGUAUGGAAGUGGGAGGCAUACGCGAGGCACGACCGCGUGGGCGACCACCAAAACAACCCCCUCAGCUUCCUGAGAGCCCGACACCACCGGAUCUCGACGACUUCGAUGCCGUGGAUUGA